AUGCGUCUCGAAACAUGUUAUUACUGUUCAUCGACGGUCUGGCCUGGUCAUGGCAUUCAAUUUGUACGAAAUGAUUGCAAAAUUUUUAAAUUUUGUCGGUCACGUUGUCAUCGUGCAUUUAAGAAAAAAUGGAAUCCACGUAAAUCACGAUGGACAAAAGCACAUCGUAAAUUUACUGGAAAAGAUUUAACAACUGAUACAACAUUUGAAUUCGAAAAACGUCGACAUGAACCAGUAAAAUACGAUCGUGAAUUAUGGCAAAAUACAGUCAAAGCCAUGGGAAGAAUUGAAGAAAUCCGUACUAAACGAGAACGACAUCAUAUUAUGAAACGUCUUCGACAAGGUACACUUGAUCGAAAGGCUGCUGAUUUACGUGAAGUACGUGAUUAUAUUCAUCUUGUUCGAGCACCAAAUGCAACAAAACCAAUGGAAGAAAUUGAAAUGGUACAGACAGCUAUGCAAAGACGUGAAGAAAACGGUGAACUUCUAACUAAAAUUGGUACAACAGUAUCAACAACAAAAAAACUAACAGCAUUACGUCGUCGUCCACUGACAAUUAAUCGUCCACCGAAAAUUAGUGUUGUAAUCGAAACAUCAGAUUAUGAGCAAGCAGCUGCUAAUGAUGAUGAUAUGGAAUAA